AUGUAUCCUUUUCAUUAUUAUCUAUCUAUCUAUCUAUCUAUCUAUCUAUCUAUCUAUCUAUCUAUCUAUCUAUCUACUUGUCUGUCUGUCUGUCUGUUGAUUAUCUACCUUUGUUUAUAUCUAUCUAGCCAUACUUGUGUGCCCAUAUCUAUCUAUCUAUCUAUCUAUCUAUCUAUCUAUCUAUCUAUCUAUCUAUCUAUCUAUCUAUCUAUCUAUCGUCUGUCCAUAUCUAUCUAUAUAUAUAUCUAUCUGUCGCAGUCCAUUAUUUAUCUCUCGCAGUCUGUGCAUUAUCUUACCAUACUUGUGUGCCAAUAUCUAUCUAUCUAUCUAUCUAUCUAUCUAUCUAUCUAUCUAUCUAUCUAUCUAUCUAUCUAUCUAUCUAUCUAUCACUCUCAGUCUCUUCAUGUCUAUCCAUCCAUUCUAGGCUGUUCAUUAUCUAGUAUGUACAUAUAUAUCUAUACAUUCUUGUCGGCCCAUAUCUAUCUAUCUAUCUAUCUACUCUGGUAUGCCCAUAUCUAUCUAUCUAUCUAUCUAUCUAUCUAUCUAUCUAUCUAUCUAUCUAUCUAUCAAGCAUGUCACCCACCGUUUCUUUCCCUUUCUCUUUCUCUCACAUUAAUUCAUCUCUUUUUCCCAGAGCCAAGAUGUCGACCCAUAACCCUCCCCGGAAUAAACAAUGCAACCAACUCCGACCACCGGCUGCAACAAAAACGUCACUAA